AUGAAGCUCGCUGCUUUCUUUCUCCUGGCCGCUACGGCCAUUGCCACUCCCACCCCUGCGGACCUGGCCCACGAGUUGACCCGCCGCCAGGCCUCAGAAGCCUGCCCGAUCGGAUACUGCACCCAGAACGGGGGCACGACCGGUGGUGCAGCUGGUAGCACCGUGACGGUCAACAACCUCGCGGAUCUCACUGAGGCGGCCGAGAGCGAGGAGCCGCUGACCAUCAUCGUGUCCGGGUCCAUCUCCGGCAGCGCGAAGAUCCGCGUUGCUGCGGACAAGACCAUCUACGGAGCUUCGGGGAGCUCCAUCACCGGCAUCGGCUUCUACAUCCGCCGCACCAGCAACGUCAUCAUGCGCAACCUGAAGAUCAGCAAGGUCGACGCCGACAACGGCGAUGCCAUUGGCAUCGACGCCUCCACCAACGUCUGGGUCGACCACUGCGAUCUCUCCGGAGACCUCAGCGGAGGCAAGGAUGACCUGGACGGUCUCCUUGACAUCUCCCACGGCGCAGAGUGGGUUACCGUGUCAAACACCUACUUCCACGACCACUGGAAAGGCUCCCUGAUCGGACACUCCGACAACAACGAAGACGAAGACCUCGGCGCCCUGCACGUCACCUACGCCAACAACUACUGGUACAACGUGUUCAGCCGGACGCCCCUGAUCCGCUUCGCGACCGUGCACAUCAUCAACAACUACUGGGACAGCCUGAUCGACACGGGCGUGAACUGCCGCAUGGACGCGCAGGUGCUGAUCCAGUCUUCGGCGUUCUACAACUGUCCCGACAGGGCGAUCUUCUUUGCCGACUCGGAUUACACUGGGUAUGCGGUUGUUCAGGAUGUUGAUCUUGGUGGAAGCUCGAACUCGGUUCCGACUGGGACGCUGACGCCAUCUUCGCUGCCGUAUGCGGCGAUUCCGGCGUUGGGCUCUGGGAAUGUGGGUAGUAUUAUCCCGGGGACUGCUGGGCAGAAGUUGUAA